AUGUCUGUUGCUGCUCACUAUGGAAGGAUAAUUCUGUACAAUGUUCGAGGAAGAUCAGGCAGUAGUGUUCGCCAGCUAAGGCUGAGAUGGUUGGCUCACAAGGAAUCAGUGGUCAGUCAAGCCCCGUCAGUUUUGGUGCUGACACGGUUUACUUCGAGCAGCAGCAGCAAUGGAGAUGACGUCACAGGCAAUGAUGACAAGUCAAAGAGUCCCACAGCUGGCAGUAAAGCAGGAGGUGACAAAGGGAAAUCUGGCAAGAAAGGAUCCAAUCAGCUGUGUUGUCCCAAAUGUGGAGACCCAUGUACCCAUGUGGAAACCUUUGUGUCAUCAACACGAUUUGUGAAAUGUGAGAAAUGUCAUCACUUCUUUGUGGUUUUGUCUGAAACUGACUCAAAGAAGAGCUUCAAGGAGUUUCGAGAAGAAAAGUUUGUUCAGAAAAAGAUAUCACCACCACCACCAAGGAAGAUUUAUGAAUUUUUAGACCGUUACGUUGUCGGCCAAGACCAUGCCAAAAAAGUGCUGUCUGUUGCGGUCUACAACCACUACAAGAGAAUCUAUCAUAACCUUCCAGCUUCAGGCAGCAAUGGUGGCCAGAAACAGGCUGAAGCUCCUGUCUCGCAGACAGGCCAGCAUUAUCCUCAUACGUUUUCACCAAGAGACAUGCUACAAAUUGCAGUAACUGGACCGCUAGGCCCAGGCAUUAGCAGUCAGCAGUCACAGGCAAAUGGCCCAGGGGAUGAGUCUCCCAGGAAGUCAGAUGUGCUGGAAUCUGGUGCCAAUGAGCUGCAGCUGGAGAAGAGCAACAUCCUCAUGCUGGGACCUACAGGAUCAGGCAAGACCCUCCUUGCGCAGACACUGGCCAGAUGCCUGGAUGUUCCAUUUGCCAUCUGUGACUGCACAACUCUCACACAGGCUGGGUACGUGGGGGAAGAUAUUGAGAGUGUUAUAGCCAAGCUUCUGCAGGAUGCCAACUACAACAUAGAAAAGGCUCAACAAGGUAUUGUGUUCCUGGAUGAGGUGGACAAAAUUGGCUCAGUACCUGGCAUUCAUCAACUUCGAGAUGUGGGAGGUGAGGGGGUGCAGCAGGGCAUGCUGAAAAUGUUGGAGGGAACCAUCGUUAAUGUGCCAGAGAGAAACUCCCGUAAACUUCGAGGGGAAACCGUGCAGGUUGACACGACCAAUAUUCUCUUUGUGGCAUCCGGGGCUUUCAAUGGACUUGAUCGUAUCAUCAGCCGCAGAAAAAAUGAGAAAUACCUUGGAUUUGGUACUAGAAGACCUGCAGGUGAAGGUCGGCGUGCUGCAUCUGAAGCUGAUGCCAAGAGCCAGGCAGAUAGUUCUGAUACUGUACAGAAUAACGAAGAAAAGGAUGUCCUUUUGAGGCAGGUUGAAGCUCGGGACCUCAUAGAGUUUGGAAUGAUUCCAGAGUUUGUUGGCCGAUUGCCAGUAGUGGUUCCAUUCCACAGUCUGACUGAGGAUAUGCUGGUGAAGAUCCUGGUGGAGCCUCGUAAUGCUCUUGUGCCCCAGUAUCAAGCUCUGUUUGCGAUGGACAAGGUUUCCCUGGAUGUCAAGGAUGAAGCCAGAAGAGCUAUUGCCAGACUUGCUUUAGAAAGAAGAACAGGUGCCCGUGGACUUAGAGCUAUCAUGGAAACUAUUUUGCUUGACUCCAUGUAUGAAGUGCCUGGAUCUGACAUCACCACUGUGAUCAUCACCGAGUCAGUGGUCAAGGGAGAUGACUCCGCUGCUUUCAUCAGGUCACCUAAACUCACCAAAGAUGAGCCAGAGUCAGCCGAUGAUUCGGGAUGCGAGGAUGAAGAGCAAAUGAAAGUUAGACAGUCAUGA